UCCCCAGGUAUUACGAGAGGAAAAUGUCGAAACGCUCAGUCAUGACUGUGCGCUCAAAGCAGUGAGCGUAACGAUCAGCCAGUGCUGCGAAGAUUUUUUUUUUGACAUGAACUUACAAAACGGUCACCUCAAAAAAGGAACAAGACCUUUCUGUGAAAGCUGCUUAUCAGAAAUUCAUAAGACAGAGACAUAUUUAGUUCUCCCUGAAGAAAAGGCGGCUCUUUAAGGGAUCAUGUUUGUUGAGCUGGUUUCAGUUUUAGUAAAUCAGAAAUUUUAAAGUUACUUAAAGGUCCAGUGUGUAGGAUUUAGGGGGAUAGAUUGGCAAUAUGGAAUAUAAUAUAAAAAGUUUGUUGUCUUCAGCGUAUAAGCACCUGAAAUUAAGAAUCGUGUUUUCCUUACCUUAGAAUGAGGUGUUUAUAUCUACACAGGGAGCAGGUACACAGCCAUGUUUCUACAGUAGCCCAAAAUGGACAAACCAAACACUGGCUCCAGAUGGGGCCGUUUGCAUUUUUGUGAUUUUGCAAUUUCACUUCGGCCUCUGUAGUUAGACGUCCAUUAGAAAAACAUUGCUUUACUCAAACGGCAGUAUACUUUACUAUUUAUAUAACCUCUUCAUCUGCACUGACACCUCUCCUGUGGCCUCUACUCUGUGCAGAUUUUUCUAGACUUUGUCCAAACUCAACUUUUAAAGCUGAUUGUCCACUUUAUUUUAUGUGCAGCGCUGCCAUGGCUGUUUAUAAUGCCAUUAGCUCAAAUGUUUCAGUUUUCUUGUUCUGUCAUUUUCUUGUUUUUUUGUGUUAUUGUUGUUUUUAUUUAACACAUUUUUAAGUGUCUUUGAAAGUGCUUCAUUAAAGGUCAGUCACACUCGGUGCUAAUGAGUGUACUCUAGGUCAGGCUAGAAAAGGGCUAUUUAAGAGUAAACAUAUUAAUGAUGAUACGAACACUCCCACUUUCCUGCAGAAAAUAAAAAUCAGACUUCCUCCUCAGACGCAGUUGAUAUUUGAGGAAGACAGUUGUGUGUCCACUGCAGUGUGAACUGAAGGACGUCAACUCAGCUGAUAUUCAGGACACCUGAGGGCGUGAUACAGUGUUGGACAGAGACAUUACUGAAGAUGUGUUGCCUCCUGCCCCUCGCUGCUCUCCUCCUCCUUUCCAUCGUUCCUUCAGUAACUGAAGUGGUGCAGUCGAUGUCAAAGUGUUCAGAGUUUCUCCUGGAGCAAACUCCACCAAAUGUGCCGGGAGUCUUGGAGGGAGGGGAAAUCCUGGACAAGAGCAGAUACAAAGUCAUUUGCCAGACUCUGAGUAACGUGAGAACAUUUGUGACGGUUUACGACACGCAGAAUAGGAUUCCAGUGUUUUCUGCUAGCAAGUACACAGGAGUAGACGGGGGUAAGAGACCCUCACCUAACUGGAAAAUAGAACCACAGCUUGAAGACAUAGACAGCAACAAGAACAUGAUCCCCGUAUCCAAAAACAAGACCUACAACAACCAGGCCGGGGAUAAUGAUUACAAAGACCAAACAGUAUACGACAGAGGACAUUUAUUUCCAUGCUCUUAUGGAGCGACUGAAAAUGACAGGAAAGCAACCUUUACCCUGACCAACAUUGUUCCACAAGAAGGCAUAUUCAACAAGGGAAGCUGGCAGAAAAUGGAGAGCUGCGUCAAAUGUGUUCUGGAUGAAUACUGCAAAAACAAUGAUAUUACAGAAGGCUUUCUGGUAAUUGGAGCACAGCCUGGCAACGACAAGCUAAAGGACAGGGUUAAUAUUCCUUCCAUGCUGUGGUCAGCAUUCUGCUGCUACAGUCAAAGUGAGAAUACAUGGCUAGCAAGUGCGCACUGGGGUGAAAACAUCAAAGAUAGUUCUGAAUAUCUGCAGACUAAGACCUUGGCAGAGCUCUAUAAGAAACUGAGUACACAGGACUCAGUAUUUGAAGUGUUUCCUGGAACACAAUGUCCUCUCAGCACAACUGUCACUCAGUUUUACCCAAAACUUAAGAAAACUUGCCAAUGCCCACCACUUAUUUCAACUACUUCUGCCUCCCCCACUACUACUGCUACCUCUCCAGUUUUUUUUUUGUUUGUUUUUUUUCCUUUUUUUUGUUAAGAUAUUUUUA